GUACUAGCUGUUCGCCGCCAUAAACAUAUCAGUGCUGCUCGCGCGGGUCAGCCACCUCUGCAGUUCAAACUUCUUGAGCCAGCCGGCCGCAGCUGCGUAUCGCUGUGCCAGAAUGAGACCCAGCAAGCCACCAGGCUCUCGCAUCCCCGCAACCGGCGGCGGCAGCAGCAGCGGGCCAGUCGGGAGCCGGACUGGGUCAACUACGCCGCGUGGAGGCAGCGGUGCCGGCGGCCUGUCCCAAAGGUGCUGUGUUAUCAUAACUGCUUUUGAACAGUGCCUGCAGCUACGCGGACAAGCACUAGGUGCUUGGAAGCUUGUGCUCGCGCGAGGGCGGGAAACUGGGUCACCCAGGACUGCUUUGCUAAUCAUCUUGCUGCGUUUGCUUCCAAAACGUGCGCUUGCAGCAUGGUCCUAUCACCAUCGUCGGUCAGCAGCGGCUCGCGGCUACCGCUUACGCCCAGUCCAGCCCCGCCCAAGUUCCAACCCUUCAAGCGCGCACCCUCGCCCUCACCUGUCUCCACGCCGGCGUCAGCAGCAGCAGGCGUGUCUGCCCUGCCCCAGCUGCCUAGCACUACUUCCGCGACCGCGGGCGCAGCCGCGCCUACUACUGCUGCUACUGCCGACGGCGGCCCGGUAGGCAACGCGGCGGCAGUAGCAGGGGGUGCAGCCGGCGCCCAGACGCCAGGCCAGGACGCCGCGCUGCUGCUGUCACCGCUGCCGCCAGGACAGGAGCAGCGGCAGGGGCCGCCAGGCGCCGCGGCAGAUGCCGCCAAGCCAGGCGGAGCCGGGAGCUCUGGGACGGAGCCCGCAGCAGCGGCAAGCACGCCGCAACAGGCGGCUGGGACGGGACCGGCAGUCGGUGCCGCUGCGCCCGACGGGCCGCUGCAGCCCGUGCCACCUGAGGCGCUGCCGCUGCAGGGCCGGCUGGAGGCACUGCUGCGCGAGGCGUCGGGGCUCAAGGGCGGCGCUGGGGGCGCCAGCACACCAGAGCUACAGGCGCUGGCGCGAGCAAUUCUGGCUGCAUGCAAGGCGGAGUCGGCUCCGGACGCCGGGGACGGCGGCGCUGCUGUUGCAGCGGCAGGCCGCAGCCGGCGGCCUUACGGCGCGUCGGGCGUGGCGGCGGCGUGCGCGGCUGCGGCGGCGUGCCUGCUGGCGCUGGCCGCCUGCAUGAGCUGGGUGGUGUGGGUGCUGGUGGACCGGCAGGUCAUUGGGCCGGCGGCGUUUGUGGCCGGCGGUGGCGGCGAGGCGAUGGCCCGGGAGGCCUUCUUUGAGUGAGAUGGGUCCGGUGUUUGCGGCGGUAUACACGGUGUGUGUUUCGGCGGGUGUGACGUGGGGGCGAGGGAUAGGAGCUUGGGAGGAACGGGAGGCAUUUUGUUAUCAAAGCCCUGAGACGGCAUUUCGGAUGGCUUGGUACUUGGAUGAUACGAG